ACAACACGAGAAUGCCUGGCUGGAAAUACAACGUUUGUGUGUCAUAGUGCUUCAGCAAGAAGCAACCAGCAGUGAGAGAGUUAAGAGUCUUUUGAUUAUGAUUCAUCCAGCAGAGACUCCUGGCCGUACGGAUUUUUCUUUUUUAUUGGGUGCAAUUCAGCAGCAGUGCACCAUUAAAGUGUGGAAAACAAGGGUGCUAAGGUUCCAUCUCUCUUUUGCCCAACUCUUUUCGCUAAAAUGGAGGGGCCAGAAGGUCAGGUGAAUGGUACGCAAGUGAAAUAUGAAAGUCUUGCUUUGGAUACAGCUCUGGGCACCCUGGUGGUCAUAAUGGUGUAUGUGGCAGUAAAAUUAAGCAUGGACAGGGUACGGCAAUGGAGGGCCCGUGUAUCUAUCCUUGUGGUGGGUGCAGGACCUGUUGGAUUGACAGCUGCGCUUGUUGCUGUCCGAUCUGGAAAGGUGCUGAAUUUGACAGUCUUGGAUGAGCGCUCCAGAGCUGUCUUGCUAUGCAGACCCCAACAAAUUGCAUUGGACCCUCGUAGUGUCAAAUUUUUGCUUGGCCUUGGUGUAGACUUCGAUAACAUUGAAGGAUGUUGGCACAAUGACCACUUUUUUACCAAGAUCGGUGUCUUUCAAGAGCAUCUUUUAAGUAUUCUGGAACAAAGAAAGCAAACUAUGGAUAUAAGAAUAUUACUGGGAACGAAAUUCACAGAAGAGUAUAUGAGGAAGAUUCCACAGGGAGAAUGGCCCAAGAUAAUUGUUGUGGCUGAUGGCUCGUGUGGAGAAUCAAGCUCUCUUCUGGGUGUUUGCUCAGAGUACAUUGUGGAGUCCUGUAAUGCAUAUGGCGCCAACGCAGCAUUGCAGAGACCAGAUCAGAGGCAGGUACCAACUCCAGAGAUAAGGGCGCACAAUUUAUACUUUGACCUAUCUGCUUAUGGGAUUGAUGUCAAUAAUGCCGGAAAAGAAGCCAGCCCCCAGUUAGGAAUGAGGCCUGGCUUUCACUUGAAAAUAUAUGGGACAUUCCGGAAUCGAUACAUUGCUCUGGCAUGCCCAUCUUCAGACGCCAGAGUUGUUAGAUUUCUACGAUAUACACCCAAUUCCUCAAUUAUGAAGAACAUAUUUCACGAGUCUUUUAAUGCCUACAAAACAGACAUAGAGCCAAGAGUGAGCGACUUAACCCUUCCUCACCUUCAGUGCAGCAGAAGACUCUUUGAAGUAAUGCUGUCUCAUAGAAGGGUAACUGCUGCUUUUAUUGAAGGAGAAAAUAUAGCAGUCACUUUAGAAGGUGAAGCUGCUCGUGUCCUCAACUUUGAUACAGGCUGUGGUGUUAAUCUUGGGCUUCGAGGUCUGGAAUCAUCGGAGGAGUUUAUUUAUAAAGUCGCUACAGCUGUGGACCAGAGUGAUAUCAUUGAAGCGCUAGCAGCUAAAAUCAAACAUUCAAAGCAAGUUGUAGAAGAAUUUAAAUUCCAUGGACUUGCAGCCUCAGUGUUUGAAUGAGCAUAUCGGACAUCCUAGUUAAAUGAUGAUAACCCUGCAAACGUCUUGUAGGAACCAAGAACGUCAGCAUCAGUAGGUUAAGAGUUCCAGUAACUGACUACAUAAGGAAUCUUUUUUUAUCUGAAUCUUGUGAGCAUUAUAGUUACAAGGAAUAUAAAGUAAUUAUACAUGUUAAAAUUAACAGAGCCUUUGUAUUGUAAUCUUACAGUCAUCCUUACACACAACACACUCCAACCCCAGUUAACAUAGAAGAGCAAAUUCAUAUAAAUGUUUAUAUUUUUUAUCCUUUUUUUCUACCUCAAAAGUGUAUUUCCCCUGGGACAGAGCUAUCAUAACUUUUUACAUGUACUGGGAUCAUUUUUUUCAUAGGAAGCCAAUACUGUAUGAACUGAGACUGGCCUGUAUCUAUAUGGAUCGUACAAAUUAAAGUGAUUGCCACAUAAAAA